UUGUCAGAUUUAAUGCUAAAUCAUAAUUGUUAUUCAUGUGACAAAUUUUAGAAAAAAAAGUUCUUCAGUAUGUAACGACGCACAGAUGUAACAGUCUCUCUGCACUUGUAAUGUAAUUUAUGCAGUCCUUGAUGCGCAUUUUAAUUAUGUAAUUCAUUGAUGCAAAAGAAACCGAGUCAUUCUAUAUCGGACUUGCAGAUUCGCUGCAGAGGAAUGGGAGGUUAUCUAUGCUUGUGACACACGAUUGUGCCAAAGGUUUGGAUUUGUGAUGUGUAUGUUAGGUGAUACACCGUGCUGACUCGUUUAUUUCAGUUUCGAAUUUUUAAAAUUGUUGUUUUGAAGAUCUUCGACAAAACUUAAACAAUAUGACAAUGAGUUGUAUAUUAGCUUUAGAGGAGAACACUGAAGACGUGUACCUAGAAACCACUUCAUUGUUGCUGAAACUUGUUGAUAAUGUCUUAAGAAAUCCAUCAAAUCCAAAAUAUAGGAGUAUCAGACUUGGUAAUCCAACAAUUGCAAAUAAACUUUUACCUGCAGUUGGUGCAAUGGAAUGUUUAUUUGAAAUGGGGUUUCAAGAAGGUGAAGACAGUUUGGUAUUACCAGAUAGUAUAUCAUUAGAAAAUCUUAGGCGUAUAAGGGAUGAGAUUUCUACUAGAAGAAACAACUAUAAGACAAUGCCAGCAACGUCUGCCGCAUCAUCUGAGCCACCAAAGAAAGAUGCAUCAUGUAAAUCUCCAUCAUCUACAAUUUCUACAAGUGUGCCUUAUCACACAGAACAAAAACAACUAUUGACACACCAGAAACCAUUUCUUCAGAGAGUCACAAGCCAUUUUCGAGCUGUUUUAAGAUAUGAAGAUAAAGAACUGCAGUCCAAGGCGCUGGAGUUUAUUCCUCUGAAAGACUUUGAAUUAGCAGCAGAAAAUAACAUGCGAAACUUGCAGAGAGCCAUAAAAAGUGGUUGCACUAAUGAGCAAGAAGUUGAUAUUCAAGAAUUCAUUUUAAUGGAGUUAUUGUCCUGGUUUAAGAACUCCUUUUUCAGUUGGGUUGAUUCUCCAGAAUGUACACUGUGUAAAGGAACUACAAAGUUUGCAGGACAUAGUUCCAAUUCUGUAACAGCAGGAGAGGCAUAUAGGAUUGAGGUAUAUUCCUGCAACACAUGCCAGGAGAAAACGUUGUUUCCCCGAUACAAUGACCCUGAGAAGUUACUGGAAACUCGUAAAGGUCGAUGUGGGGAGUGGGCCAAUUGUUUCACAUUGAUGUGCCGUGCACUUGGCUGGGAGACUCGUUACAUUGCUGAUGAGACAGAUCAUGUGUGGACAGAGGUUUAUUCAGGCACACAGAAGAGAUGGAUGCACUGUGAUCCCUGUGAAAAUGUAUUUGACACCCCUCUUAUGUAUGAAAUUGGCUGGGGCAAAAAGCUGUCAUAUGUGAUGGCAUACUCACGAGAUGAGGUUCAGGAUGUUACAUGGCGAUACUCAUGUAGACAUAAUGAAUUGUUGAGUCGCAGGAAUGAAUGCACUGAAAAGGAACUGCUCGAUGCUAUCAUACAGCUUAGACAAGAAAGACAGCAAGACAUGUCCACUUCCAGAAAACUCUACCUCAAUAAACGGCUCUUAGCAGAACUUGUUGAAUUUAUGACGCCUCGUCAACCUACUGAAGGAGAAAGGAAGGGACGCAGCUCAGGAUCCUUGGCAUGGAGGCUGGCCCGAGGAGAAACAGAUGUGGCACCAAAAUGUAUAAAUCCCUUUGUGUGGAAGCCAACACAGUCAGAGCUUAAAGCAGGCCAGAUGCAUAUCCAGUAUUCAACAUCAAGAAACAAAUAUGUGAGAAGUGUCGGGAUGGAGGAAUUAGAAGGCUGGGAAAAUGGAACUUUUCAUGUGAAAUAUGUCUUCAGGAAGGAAGAGAAAGAUUGGAAAAUGACUUACUUAUCAAGAACUAAGGACAGUGACGAGGGUAUAGUAACAUGGAAAUUUGAUUUGACAGAUAGUGGUGUAGUUGUAGACAGUGUGCGUAUCCAGUGUUCUACUUGGUUGCGUGACACAGGUCGAGUACUACUGAAAAUGUGCGCAUUGGAAAUGUGUACUCUUGUUCCAGGAGACAGCAAGGUGUUUGAAACAACUGAUUUCCAAGGUUGCUCUCAGCUGGAGUUCACUGCACAGCUGAGAGGUGGAACAGGUGAAUGUGCAUGGCAGCAUGCACAGCUGUUCCGCCAAAAUAUUAAUGACAAGGAUUAUCCACUAGACGUCAUAAUCAGACUUAAAAAACAGCCAUGAUUUUUUGGUGUGACCAGACUGCUAUAAAGGUCACGGUAUUAAAAUGUUCAAUAAGCAUAAUUAUUAUGUUGCUUCACAGUAUAGAAUCAGAAAAAUGAAAAUUUAGCCUUAUAAGUAAGAUUGAAUCAGAAUAGUGAAUGCAGUUCCCACUACGUCGAGGAUAAGUAUGUUAUCAAAUACAGGAAAUUACUGCGUCCUUCAACAUAAAAGAUUUUAUUGUACAAUAAAUGUUAUUUUGAAAAAAGCAUAAAAAUUAUGUAUGAGACAUGUCUACCCAGCAUCCAUUCCAGCAUAUACUGGGAGCUGUCUUUCUGGGACUUCGGAGCCUGAAUAUUUUCAUUUACCUCUAUAGAAUGCUGAAGGUCUAUAAUGUGUAGAGCUUCAUAUAGUGAUGCUUGGUUAAGGGAUAACCAUUCCUCACUAAAAUAUUCUAUUAAAUACUUAAAGACUACUGAAGAUAUUGUUUAUCAAUGAAAAUUUCACCAGUUUCCACAGACUCAGAAAGAAACAGCUUUGUCAUAUUGGAGAAUUUAUGUUUGGAAGAAUCACAUAAUGUAAAAUUAUUUUCCUGAAAUCUUGUACAAUCAAUGUACAGAAUCAAGCAAAGACAAAGUGAAAGUGGUAUUGAGAAAAUGAAAAAUAAAAUGAGAUAUAUCACGUCUGUAAUAGAAACUCAGUUUAAUUUAAAAAUACAUAGCUGUAAACAUUCCCAUCUUGUUCGAACAUGUAUGUCAAUCAGUGGAAUGUUCUUUGUAUGCAAAUUAUUUAUUUGUAUUUCAUAUGUAAACUAUCUCAAACAUAACAUCAAUAAACAUAUUGGACAUUAGAAGAACACUAUUUUACAUACAUUCUUAACUAAUGCUGUUAUAUACCAUUUACACACAUAAUGGACUCUGUUCAAUUUUCAGGCCCAGUAUUUAAGUGCCUAGCCUGUAUCUAAUAAAAAUGCAAAAUGAA